AUGGCCACUUCUCCCAGACAUGUCUCGAUUGCGCCUCUACUGAAAAAAUUGUCGGCGCCCGCGCCGCAGGACAACUACGUCGGCGCCGAAGACAUCGCACUCGCCUUUUCGAGGUCGUUUGAGGACCGGCUCAACGGAACGCAGCUGGCGGCGCUGCUGACUCUCCUGCACUCGACCGGCAAGGACCGACACCCCGAUGUGAUUGCCAAAUGCGCCGAGGCGAUGCGAGACGCGGCGGUGCAUGUGGACAAGCAAAAAUUGAAAAAGGUGGUGGGCAAGCGAAAGCGCGGGCUGGGCGAAUACCGCGGAGGGCUCUGUGACAUUGCUGGCACGGGCGGAGACGCCCAUUCCACGUUCAACAUCUCGACGACGGCUUCGAUCAUCGCGUCGCCGAUCUUGCUGAUGGCCAAGCAUGGCAACCGCGCUCAAACCUCCAUGUCCGGAUCGGCAGAUGUACUCAACGCGAUUUCUCCGCGGCCGCCCAAGAUCGAAGCCCUGACGGCCGAACACCUCCCCGAGGUCUAUGAGCACACCAACUACACCUUUCUCCUGGCCCCGAAUUUCCACCCAGGCAUGAGAUACGCGGCGACGGUGCGGCGAGAACUGGGCCUACGCACCAUCUUCAAUCUGAUGGGUCCUCUGGCCAAUCCCGUCGACUCGCACAUCGAAACCCGUCUCUAUGGAGUGGCGUAUCAAGAACUGGGGCCAAUCUAUGCGCAAGCGUUGCUGCUGUCAGGCGCCACCAAGGCCUUGGUGGUGUGCGGCCAGGAAGACCUGGACGAGAUCAGCUGUGCUGGGAAGACGAACUGCUGGUUAUUACGAGAGUCGGUGAAUCCGAAAUAUCAAGAUCGCGGCGGCCCGGACGACGAGGACGACGAGGGCACCAGCGACGAUGAGGCCCCUGCGCCAUACGUGGCCCAGGUGGAAAAGUUCGUGAUUGAACCGGCCGACUUCGGGCUUCCUCGACACCCUUUAUCCGAGGUCGGCGGCGGCAAACUGCCCAGACAGAAUGCCGAAGUGCUCAUGAGCAUCCUGCGCAACGAGAGAAGUCCCGACGACCCGGUCCUGCACUUCGUCCUGAUGAACGUCGCGGCCCUCUUGGUGGUGAGCGGCGCCUGCGAGGCUGAUAGCUGCGAGAGUGGCGAGGUCAUCAAGGAGCGAGGGCCGGCUGGAGGUCGAUGGAAAGAGGGGGUGAGAAAAGCCCGUUGGUGCAUAGAAAGCGGGAAAGCCUUGGACGAGUUCCAGAAAUUCAUAGACUUUACCAACAGGCUAUAA